UCAGCUUCCCCAUGAAUUCCAGCGUCUAGUCCGACGACUUGACGUCGAUGUUGCGUGUCGAAUGCGUAUUAAUGUUUUGCUACGUGCCUCCUUGUCAUGACGGGAAUAACUUAAAGUGGUGUCGAAAGGGGCGAACGAUGUGAGAGAAUCAACCCACUGCUUCGUUCGUGCUGGGAAGAGUGGGGGAAAUUCCUACUCUUUUUUUUGUUUCACGGACGGAGCACAGCGGCUAGCGUCGGCGCUGCUGGAGUCCAACAACAACAACAACAACAACAAUAACAUCACGGAGCAGAGUAAAGGUGAGCGAUCGCUCUGCAAGGUCGUCAUGGACGCUUGUGCACGGAUCAGAGGAGCCCCGAGAAGGUCCAGGGCCUGCGUCCGAAAAGAGACUGUGCGGGACAAUGGGCCGCAGUUUGUCAAGAGCCUCUUCAAGAGCAGGAAGGAGCUCUGCAGCAUCAACCUACAACUCCCGUCCAGAGACGCCAGAAGACUGACUGAGAUUCAUUUUGUUUGUCUGCCUGCUCAGUGUGAAGGGGAUGAUGCUGUGGAUCUGGCGUUAUCUUCGCUUCCAGCGGCGCUGUGCGAGCUGCUCAGGACUUUCCACGUUCACGGCCUGAGGAAUGACGAAGUCCUGCUGCUCAAAGACUCCCGGAGGCUGGUCGAUCACAAGGACACUUGGCCUCAAUGUUGGUUAAAGGCGGUGUGUGUGCUGCGGCACAACCCCAGCCCUGGCAUGCACCCGCCAGCCAGCGUUACCUCGUUGGUUGGCUUGCUCGGGUGCUACAUGGCUGGCGCCCGCUACGCUCUUGAACUGCAAAGUGUCCAGAAGGGCAACGCUGAGGCGAGACAGCUGGAGGAGGACGACACCAACCAGUCCAUCUCGUCUAUCGAAGACGAUUUUGUCACGGCUCUGGAGCACCUUGAAGAAGAUGACACAGGAGACAAUCCUUCUUCCUAUGGGCCUUUUAAAAGACGCAACGUGGCAUCACAGACAAUCCCAGCCCACAAGAGACGAAAGGAGCUAUCAGGCUCGCAUGUUAUCAUAACCUCGUCUUCAAAGGAGCAUUCAGCUAAAAACAAUCCAGGCCCGGAGGUUUCUGUCACUGUCCAGAGGUCUUCAGGUAUGGAGACCCAGUGGACUUACUGCAGUCCAGGAGCUCGUCUGUCCUCGCCCGCCGUCCAAGUAAGUGAAUCGGAAGAGUCCGAUGGCUCUAGCCCAAGCCCCAUCAUUUUCCUGGAUGAGGUGGGCUACCAGAAGAGCAUGCUGGCCAAGUUGGAUAUCCCUCAGGUGCCAGGAGGUCCCAGAGACAGAGUAGAAGACUCUGACUCUGAAGUCAGCGAAUUCUUUGACAGCUUUGACCAGUUUGAUGACCUGGACGAGUUAAGCUCAGAGAGCUGCACACUCACGCUGCCUAUGGAUGCCGUUAGCGCUCCAAGCACACAGACUGAAACCAUCCAUUCUAGCAGUAGUGGCUCCACAUCCAAAUAUGUUUCUAGAGGCUGCUCAACAAAGGGCAUGAACCCUCACUGCUUUGACCAGCCUAUUCUUCCAGCCAAUGUGAAAAAACCCACUCCUCUUAAACCUGGCUCCCCUUAUGGAGUCCAUUCUGAGGUGCCUGACUCCCCAAGGCCAAUACUAAGUCCCUCUGAAGACAAUGGGGGUCCUCUCUUCAGUCCUGUCAGUUCCUCUGCAUUUAGCCCCUUGGUGGACUCAAGUGCUGCAUUGGAAUACUUCUGGAAGAAAGGUGAGGAGGAGAACGACAACACUGAGCUACGCAAACCUCAAGAUCUCUGCUCCUUGUAUAAGACCUAUUCAGACUUUGCCAGCAGUCUCUCUAAAGAAAUUCUUGGGUCCGUAUGCGGCUAUCAGUCUGCUUUAGACAUUAAUGACAACAAGAAUCUCAGCUGUGUCUGCCACAAAGAAUUUACUAACUCUUCAGGCUACCUGAUGAAGCUAUCAGAAAUUCAGGAGACUGUAACUGUGGCCAAGCUCCAGAAGACAUCCCAGUCUUUGAAAGACGGUAUUCAGAGGUUUGCUGCCGACCUUGUGGAAAUGAGCCUGGGCAGCGCCUUGCGUGACCUCCAAAAAGGCGUAUCUACUUGCACCACCACUUUGUGUCAACUGGCUGCAAGACUCACCUCUUCUGUGUUUCAGAUGGCAUUCCAAGAGAUUGGCAUGCGACAAGCAUAUGUGCUAAAAGAACGAGCAGUGAAUGGAUUAGCAAACUUUCUGGUCGGGGAAGCGGUAACUGGUGCCCUGAAAGAGUUCUUGACUGUGAAAAAGCAGAUUUUCCACAACACAGUGACACGCUUUGCGGCAGAGUUGGCCGAAGAAUUGGUGUUUGAAGGCAUCAUGGAAGUGUGUCAGUUCUCUCAUCCUUCGACACCUCUAACCCCCAGUGAAUGGUCUUUCAACCAUGGGCCUUUGGAGGAAGAAGAAGAAGAGGAGGUGGUUUCUUCCUAUGCCUCUGAUUUGUCUGAGUCUGUUAUCCAAGAGGCUUUUAUCGAGCUCUCUCAGGCUGACGUUGCUUUUACUAGCCAAGCCGCCAUAAGUGUUUCUCAAGACAACAUCUGUUACGUCAGUGCAGAAAAUACAAGCGCUCACACCAGCAGCACAUUUGCUAACCAGCAGCUUUCCAAUGCCAGCUUAGCUGCUGGUGUUCCAGGGCCCCCAGGAGAGAAUCCUACCUGCACAGUGAAGAAAGCUCUUUUCACUGUGUCAGGCAUGGCUAGCUGUAUCCCUGUGCCCCAAGCAGGCCAAGCUAUCUCUCAUUUAAAGGAUCCCAAAGACCAGCAUGGUUCCAGCUCAACAGAUACCUCGCAGUCCAGCCCAAGAGUAACAGUAUUUUCCUCGGAUACCACCGCAUGCGCACAAACUGUAUUUCACACUAAUGAAACUCAAGCUGCUUCUGGAAGAAAAGGUAUCUCUCUUGGAAAAUCACCUUUCCAAAACUUCUCUGGCAAUAUAGUGGAUAUGAUAGUGACUGAGGCGUGUGAGCUUGUGAGCUCUUCUAAAAUGAAGAAGAGUUUGGAUGACUGCACAGGCUUCCUUGCAAAGACAGUCGCAAGUCAAAGAGACACUCUUGCCGUGCCAAACGUGGAGAUGGGUGGACAAAGAAAGGCCUUUAUCCCUGGGGAUGACUCAACUGUAACAUCUGGACAAAAAUCUGGUCGAACACCCGGAACUCCUCCAUCUACUCCUCAGCAACCAAGUGAGGUAUCCAAGGAAAAGCAGAUAAAACAGUUCUCCAAGAAGCUAAAAAGCAAGUUGGCCAAAGAAUUUUCUCCAGCUACUCCUCCUCCAACUCCUCACUAUCACCCUGAACCUGGGCUGGGUCCAGCGGACAGCAGUCCGGAGGCAGACAAGACCGAGUUUAUGUUGAAACUAAUGAGAUCUCUUUCUGAAGAGGCAGGUAGUAAUGAGGAUGAAGAGGAGGAAGAAAUGGCAGAUGACACCGCAAGCAAAUCUAUCGAGUCAGAGGGUCGCUCACAGGAACUUAGCCUGUUGUCUUCACGUAGACUGUCCAAUAAGGAAGCCCUCCAUUAUGCUGAGCAGUUGGCUUGUCAUAUUGUCUCAAUGGCAACGGAGAUGGACACUCUCAGAACCAAUGAUGAGGAAGGGAAAAUUGCUGGCUUUGAUGAGAGAAGGCGAGAUAGUAUAGCUCAUUUCUCAGAGCAGACUUUGAACACCCUAUGGGUGUAUGCAGGGGAGGUGGCAGGAGAAGUCAUCAAUGACGUAAAGAAAAGGGUGAACUCUGUCCAGCAAUGCCCCUAUCAUAGAGUUCCCAGAAAAAGAAGUAUAGACCGGUCUAGCUUGGAAUGUUUGCAUUACCAACCACUCUCAGAUCAGAACAGAGACUGGAGGGUGGAAAGGGUGGCUGAGCAAUGGGCUAACGAGCUCCCAGCCUCUGUUUUCCGCUCGGCCACCUCCAGGUCAAGUGCAAGCUCUGGAUUGUCCUCUGAGUAUCCCAGCUGUGAGAGUGUGACAGAUGAAUAUGCCGGCUACCUCAUUAAGGUGCUAAAAAAAGAGGGAGGCAGUAGGGAGCUAGUCCUUGAUCAGUAUGCCAGUCGUUUGGCCUACCGUUCCAUAAAACAAGGCUUGGCCCAUGCUAGUCGCAAGAUAAAGCAAAGAUCCUCUAGUGCCCGCCUCCGUCCCUCGAAGUCCCUACCAGAUGAAUGGAAGGCAUCAGGAAGUGAUGAAUCACAACGCAAGGAGUCAGUGAUUUGUUCCUCAUGUGAAGAUGCACAGUGUUGUUGCAGAAAGAAACCGAGCCAGAGAGACUGCGUUGAUCUGGUGGACUUUGCAGAAUCAUUAGCAUAUAAUAUCACGUGUGAUAUCACACGUAAGCUUAGUCUUUCAACUCCACGCCUCCCAAAGUCCCUCACUGACUCAUGUCUUUAUAAGAAGUCAAAACUUGAAAACGUUGCAGAGAACCUCAUAAGAAACUCUUUUUCCUGUCCCCUGUUGACCAAGGAGAGUAACGGUAGGCAUUACCACAGCACGGGAAGCUUGUUCGACGGAGAACGAAGCAGUAAGAUAAUGCAGGUCAUUGAGCACUACGCCAGAAAAAUAGUUGAUGACACUCUGAAACUGAGCAUGGCUUCAGUGGGACAUCCAUCCCAGGAUCAGCAGAAGGCUCAAACCCAGGACAAACACACUCACACCCAGAAGUUGUCUGAGGGGACGGAGCUCGGUUAUGCCCAGGGUACAUGUCGUUAUUGUCAGGCCCUUGAGUGUCCCCAUUGCACCAAACUCUGUCGGCACCACAGUCAGUUUAUAUUGCAAAGGAGAAGAGGCCAAGAGUAUCAAACAAAGCCUGAGCGCCUCCAAGGUCUGGAGAUUCCCAAAAUCCAUAUCGACCUGGAGCACAAGUCGGCAUUUGCAGAGGGGAUGGUAUCCAUGGCGAUGGAGAAUGCGAAACGCGAACUGAGCAACACAAGCCUUAAUGCAGACAGUGGCAUAGGCCACGAUGGAGCCAGCUAUGCCGAGAGCCUGACUGCCGAGAUCAUGACUUCCGCCCUUAACAUCUGCCAGGUGGCCAGCGACAGCUUUCCAGGAGGCAAGGAAGCCACAGAGUCCACCGUGUCCCAGCAGUUGAGUGUAGCUGAUGACAGUCUGGGGAGCUGGUCUAACCUGAGCUUUGAGGAUGACAACAGCAGCUUCCUUCAUCUCAGUGACAGCAGCAAUGGGAACAGCAGUAGCUGGAGCAGUCUGGGCCUGGAGGGGGAGCCCUUUGAGGAGCGCCUGUCAUCGUCUCCCUCAGACAGUGACAAUACAGAGGACAAAGAGACGGAGGUCAAAGAGGAAUCCAGCGGGACCCUGCGUGUGGACACGACACAGGUGCAGGCUUCCAAGGCUUCUUCACUGAUGAUCCUGAACUCAGAUGUCCGUGAGCUCAGGCGAGGGCCUCAGCACGUCACCCUGGACCCUCAGCUGAGGAGCCUGCUGCAGUGGGCGGCCGCCUCCAUGGCCGACACCCCGCAGAUCCAACUGAGUCCUGAAAGGGAGCUGCAACAGCUGCCAGCUGUGGUCCAGAGGCUGCGUGAGAGGAAGUGGGGUGUGGGAGACCUGCUGCACUUCCUGCUGAGGUACUGCGAGGAGAACCAGCCGCAGCCCAGGGAGGAGACCCCCCAGCCGGGCAGGGAGUGUCAGCGCAUGCCCCUCUUCAAGUGGCUCCUGGAGCACACUUAGGCACCCUUUACUUCCACCAGAGGGCGCACACACAUUCACUUUAUGUAUAAUUCCCCGGCUUCUGUUGAAUUAUAACAUGCAUACACAAUUAAAAAAAGAGAGCCACACACUCACUCACGCCAUGUGUUCCGAAAGAGUCUCGGUAGGGACUUGACACGCAAAGAAUGUGUGUUCUUGUUCGGGGAUCCCCAUGGCUGCAGGGCCGAUGAUGUCAUCGCAUCUACAGCUCACCUCGACGGCGGCGGCUGUGUUUCCACAUGUGAAAGAAAAACACAUUAGCGGACGCCACACCCUUGCAUUAUCUGAGUAUGAAGCAUCUCUCAUGUUUCUUUCCACAAAGUAUUCCAUGACGUUUAUUUUGAAUAUUAAUGUCAUUUGUGGCAACCAGCAACCGUGUUCCUAUUUUAUUUAUUAGCAACAAUCACCUUGGUGUGCAAAUUAGUUUGCUGUGGAUUUAGGGACGCCCCUGGAGGAAUCAAUUCCACACAAUGCACAGAAUCCCCCCGCCCCCCUUCCCCAACUUAUCACUGCUAUGCCCACCUCGAGUGUGGAUGUUUACGCAAACAUUUUGUUUCUGAAGCUAUGGAAUAAGCCAACAGUGUUGCCAAACAGACCUCACGAUGACUCCUAAGUGUGUCCAAAUUUUGGGGAAGAUCCAAUGACGCAAAUAGUGGACCUAAAAAAACCCACAGUUGAGUAUUAGAUAAUUCACCGUUAACUACUGUAACUUCCCCGAUUGGUUCCAUCUGCACAGAACCACUAAGGAUGCUUUUUUUUUCUCUCUCUUUUAGACCCUUUGUGAGGUGUAGACACUAAUAUAUAACUUAAACACCGCCUUGCAUCCGUAGUGUUCACCUGCAUGGAACCACACCGCUUGCAAAUUCUUCUUUUUGCCUCGUCCCUCACAAAAAGCGUGAGUACAGAACGCACUACCGACCUGUGAAGUCCAAAAGAGGAAGAGAUGAUUCAGUAUUAUCUGCUCACAAAUGCAACCUGGUGGUUGUAUGAGCGCCCCUGCAGCUAGCAAUGGAUAAAUUAACCAACCCCCGCUCCUGUCACACGCUGGAUUCUCACAGGAAUGAGGCAAAAAGAACCCAGACCCCACUGUAAAUUGUCUUUUUAUUAUAUUUACAUACAUACACAUAUAUAUCUAAAACAGUAUUUGUCUUGUUUACUUGUGAGCUAUAUCACUAAAUGCACUGUAAAUGAGUAAAUAUACCGCAGCUACUAAACGGGGACGAGUUCAAAGGAAUGUAAGAGUGUUUGUGUGUACAAAGUGUGAAUGUACCCGUUCAUUCCCUCGACAUUCCAUACUCGUGUUUCGCUUGAAGCUGGAUGUGUACCUAAAAGUAUUUUUUUUUGCACACACGAAAAUUGGCGUUGGCGGCUGUUUUUUUUUUUUUUUUUCUUGCCAGUGUUGCUUUCAAACUGCUUUGUUUCCUCCCUGCCAAAUAUAUUUAUUAAAUUAUUAAGUUAUAUAAAUAUAUAAAUUAACGACAGUGAGUGCGCCAACGUGAGUGUUCGCCCUCGUGACAAUGCUGAAUAGUGAAUACACAUUUUAAAGCUGGAGGUCUCGCAUGUGUUUCGUGUUAAAGCUGAGUGUGACAAUAAAGCUUUUACAUGUCAA